GAGGAAAGGAAAGGGAAGAACUCAAUAGGGUAGAUGUUUCAGGAAGUGUUCUUUUAUCAUUUCGGUGUUGUGUUUAGUGACAGCUAUCGUUCUGAUUACGUUUUGCAAACAGUCUUUGUUGAAAGACAACACAGGAAGAACAAGUAACAAUUAAAAACAGCUGCUUCACAUAAGAAUAAAUUGAGGAAAAAUGUCAGAUGUUUGGGAAGAGUGUAUGGACCACGGAGUGGCUGCUGCUAGAAAAGCUGGAGAAGUGGUUCGAGAAGCUUUAAAACAUGAAGGCUGUAUGUCUGUAAUGCUGAAAAGUUCUCCAGCUGAUCUGGUAACAGAGACUGAUCAGAAAGUGGAGUCGAUGAUCAUGUCUUCAAUCAAAGAGAAAUUUCCAACUCACAGUUUUAUUGGAGAGGAGUCUGUGGCAGCAGGAGAAUCUAGCAUACUAACAGACAACCCCACUUGGAUUAUCGACCCCAUUGAUGGAACAACCAACUUUGUGCACAGAUUUCCAUUUGUAGCCGUGUCUAUUGGCUUUGCUGUCAAGAAAGAGCUAGAAUUUGGAGUUGUUUACAGCUGCAUGGAGGACAAAAUGUACACUGCAAGAAAAGGGAAAGGAGCAUUUUGCAAUGGAGUGCAGCUAAAGGUCUCUGGACAAGAAGAUAUAACCAAAUCACUUAUAAUUACUGAACUGGGUUCCAAUCGAAACCCAGAUACUGUGAAAAGGGUUCUUGCAAACAUGGAUCGGCUUUUGUGCAUUCCAAUUCACGGAAUCCGAGCGGUAGGCACAGCUGCAGUCAACAUGUGCCUAGUGGCCACAGGCGGGGCAGAUGCUUAUUACGAAAUUGGGAUCCACUGCUGGGACAUGGCAGCAGCUGCAGUCAUAGUUACAGAAGCGGGAGGCGUUGUAAUGGAUGUAACUGGAGGACCAUUUGAUUUAAUGUCCCGAAGAUUGAUAACAGCAAGCAGUAGAGCCAUUGGAGAAAGAAUAGCGAAAGAGCUUCAGGCCUUUCCAUGUGAAAGAGAUGAUGGAAAGAAAGACGAUUAAUUACAUUGGAUUAUUUUAAGGUGUUUGUUGUAGGCUAAAAGCGUUUAUUGUAUGUUAUUGUAUAAUGAAAACCAUGCGUAAUGAUGACCAUGCAUUGUUUUUAUUUUUAAUCAAAAAAAAAAAAAACUUUUUUACUAGAUACACACGGACAAAAAUAAUAUGUUUUAAAAAAUAAUUAAUUUAAAGGAUUUAAAAAAUAAAUAGUUUUAUUUGGAUGAACAAAGUGUUCAUAAGUUUUCUCAGACUAGUGUUGCAAUUAUAUAUAUUAAAUUACUGGUAUAAUUUUAGAAAAUAUGCAUUAAUUCUGAAACGACACAAAUUGUAACUCCAGCUGUAACUCGGCACACAUUCUAACAUGCAGACCCUUUCCUUUACAUUCCUGUUAUAAUCUGCAAGCACGAGGAAUUAAGUGAACUUCAUUAUAUUUUUAAAAAUAUUUUUAAACAAAUGUUGUCACGUAAACUUGAAAUGAGAUAGGUCAUCAUAAAGUGAGCUGAAUGGGAUGGAUUUUUUUUCACAUAAUGUAUUCAUAUGUGUAUGAAAAAUGUUUUAUCAUAUUUAAAAAAAAAAAAAAAAAUUAUAUAUAUAUAUAUAUAUUUAGCCAGCAGUGUGGAGUAGUGGUUAGGGCUCUGGACUCUUGACUGGAGGGUCGUGUGUUCAAUCCCCGGUGGGGGACACUGCUGUUGUACCUUUGAGCAAGGUAUUUUACCUAGAUUGCUCCAGUAAAAACCCAACUGUAUAAAUGGGUAAUUGUAUGUAAAAAUAAUGUGAUAUCUUGUAACAAUUGUAAGUCACCCUGGAUAAGGGCGUCUGCUAAGAAAUAAAUAAUAAUAAUAAUAAUAUAUUAUAUAUAUAUAUAUAUAUAUAUAUAUAUAAUCCCAGUGAAAUUAUUUUUAUUAAUUAAUUUUUCAUUUUAUUUUUCAUUUCAUUACAGAUACACAUUAAUAAAACAACUACAUUUUAUUACAUUAAAAUAUUGGCAAUUACAAAUACCAGCACAAAUAACACAUUAUUAUUUAUAUAUGAAAUACUCUGUUCCAACCCAUGAUAACAUUUACAGUUCUUUGCAUGUUUUGUUUCCAACGGGAUACAAUUAUUUCCAAAAAUGAAUGAUCAUGUACUCAAGACUGUAAGUAUGUCUAAUCAUUUAACAUGAGUGUCAAGCUCUUCAGUGUGAGUGUGUCCAGGAUGGUGGUUCAAUUAAAUAAGAGACGCCUAGAAGGUAAAAUAUGUGACUGUUUUACGGUUUUAAAAAAUAAAUACUUUUUUGGUGA